AACUUUCUUUAAUUUGCUACAGUCACACUAUCCCAAGGGUCUUGCAACCGGUUGUUUAUUUAAUAUUUCUUAAGUUUAUUAAUUAAAAUAAUCCUGGACAAUGGCGAGUAGAGGUUUGCUGUUGAUGGGUCAGUGUAUGCCCUGCAUUAAGCAGAAUGCAUCCAAGAUACGGAUUCGCCGCAUGCAGCUGGACAAGAACCUGAAUAUGUACUUUAAGAAGGACGAGUUCUACUUUGCCCACGACCCACAGAAGGUAUGCAAAACCGGUGAUGUGGUCCUAAUCCGCGAGCUUCCGGAGCGUCUCACCCGCCUCAUUACGCAUGCUGUGGAAAAAGUAGUCUAUCCGCUGGGUGACAUAACCGAUCCGCUCACCGGCAAAAAGGUGGUGGUGGGCAAAUACCGUGAGGACAUCGAGAUGGCCAACCAGCUGUUUGGCAAGUCUGAGAAGGCCUUCGACUAUGACAAGGCGCCGCCACGCGGUCGUCUCGAGGGCACCAAGGACUUCACACAUGGAGAAACCUACAUUAAGUACCACGAGGAUGGAAAGGAUCAGCCUUUUGCCGUGUAGUUGGGCUUUUAUGACUUUUAACAUUUAAGUUUCCGUUUUGUUUGAUAGUAAAGCCCAUUUGUUAUAGAUUAAA